AUAUAUAUAGCCCGUAUUGUAAUAGAAAAAUAUUGUCGUAGAAACCGUUGCUAUGACAACUGCUUUGUUUAAUCACAAUCCAUGACAACGAUGUGUCUUCCUUAUUUGUUGUCAAAUUCAGUUUAACUAUCACACUACUUAAAUAUUAAUAAAUAAACAAAAUGCCGCCCAAAGGAGGAAAAGGCGGUGCUAAGAAGGCGGCAGCCAUCGUUAUUGAUGGAGUCGACACUUCUGAAAUGACAAGAGAGAAACUAGAACAAUUCACUCUUAGAGUGAAAGAAGAAUUAGACAAAGAAAGGGAAGAACGCAACUACUUUCAGUUAGAAAGAGACAAGAUCCGAACAUUCUGGGAAAUUACUAGACAACAACUAGAAGAAGCUAAAGCUGAACUUCGUAACCGAGAGAGAGCUACAGAAGAAGCACAAGAAGAAAAUGAAGCGCUUCUUGAAACGGAGAAACAGAAGAUAAAACAUCUAAAGUACGAACAGCAAGCUGCUGCAGCCGCUUUGAGGGCGGAAAAUCUCGUGGCUUUAAAAGCUGCUAAAGAAGAACACGCUGAACAAGAACUCGAGCUUUUGAAUGACAAAAGAGCACUAAGACAAGAAAUGAGAGAGAAAGCACUAGCUGCUCAAGACGAACUGCGGAGAGCUAAAUUAAUGCAUGCCGAAGACCUCUCUAAGACGAGGGCAGAAUUUGAAGAAAAAGCAAGACAAAUAGAAGAAAAAGCUGAAAAGAAGCUUCAAGAAACUAAGGUAGAGUUGACAGUUAAACAUCGAACCGAAAUAGCUGAAGUUGAAGAGAGAAAGAAUAAACAGCUGUCUGAAUUGAUAGCCCAUCACGAAAGAGCUUUUGCCGACUUAAAGAACUACUACAACGAUAUCACUUUGAACAAUUUGGGCUUAAUCAGUAGCCUCAAGCAACAGAUGGAAGAUAUGCAGAAAGUUAAAGAACGCGCCGAGAAGAUCGCGAGAGAUGCAGUAGCAGAAGCGAAAGGUCUUCGAGAGCCUUUAGAAGCAGCCAUCAUCGACAACAAGGAACUGAAACGGCAAAUGUCAAACUAUGAUAGGGACAAAGCUGCUUUAGCUGCAAAAACGAAACAGCUAGCAACCCUAGAGAAACAGUUCGAAGUCUUGAAAUGGGAAUACGAAGUGCUACAAAUACGCUUCGACAGAGUGCUAGCUGAAAGAGACGAGCUGAAGGCUAGAUUUUCGAGGGCCGUACUAGAAGUACAACAGAGGGCUUCGUUGAAAACGGCCCUACUGGAAACCAAGUUGAAAAAUAUGGAAGCAAGAGAUUUAGGACCGAGAGAAUUGCAUGAACUGCUCAAACUCAAAGACACCCAAGUAGAAGAUCUUCGGUAUGAAGCCGCACGACUUCGGAAGGCGCAUGAUGAUCUACUCGCGACUUACGAAGCGAAACUAGUGAAAUUAGGAGUGCCUCCAGAAGAACUCGGUUUCAAACCAUUAAAAGCCGUUGCGGUGGCCGGAGUAUCGCCUGUAAUAGGUCAAGGACCAGCAGGAUUAGUGACGAAAGAUCAAUGUUAGAAAUAGAAAUUAAAAAAAUUGUAUAAUAUAAUUGCAAAAGUUGUGCCUAUCUAAAUUGUUCUGAAGAGAAAUUGUAAAUACCAAAAAAUAUUUUUGUAAAUCCUUUUUUCCUUUUUCGUAAUAAGCUGUCACCACCAUCUAAGAUCAUUGAUAAUGACAUUGGCAGAGCCGGGCGACUGCGUACCAUUCAAGAUCAAGCUAUCUGAUAGAUCUCACAGCGAUCAGCCAUUGUGCUUAGUGCAAGUUUUUUAACGUUCUCGAUAGCGUAAAAGUUAACUUUGUAUGGAGUUGGAACGUUUGCCUACGUUUGCCGCUAGGGACGCUGUUCCAACUGCACACAGAUUUGAGUUAACUUUUACGCUAUCGGGAACGUUAAAAAACUCGCACUAAGCACACUGGUGUUAGAAGGCUACCGGAACCCAUUACUAUAACAAUAUGAAUGAACGAACCUUAAAAUAUGAGGUCGAUGUUUUCGCUGUAAUUGCCGGUGCCAGAAUAAAUAAAACCAAAAAAAUGAAGCCAAUAA